UUUAUCCGCGACGUAAAUAGUACCGAAAUGUUAUGCCGGGUUUUACAGGUAUUACCCGUCGUUUUGACAAAUAUUAACUGAUUACAGGUCAAACGGACCGAUUACUUAUUGGGCGUGACACAUACGCCGCGGUUUGUGCCAAUUAGAGCGAUAUCGUUUUAACACCAGCGCGUAGGAAUAUUACAUUGGCGUCAACCUGGCCUCAGCUGUUUCCCGCCAAACGCCGCUACCAGAAAACCGCUGUGAGGCGUAGCGUAUGUUGGUUGUCCCGCGCUCCAGCGUACAACAGUGAAAAUUUUGUAAUUUAAACGGAUUUAAAUUUUAAUUGUCAGUGACCAUAAACUAUUUGCCUAGUGAAAAGAAUGUCUGUUUACAUCAAUGACGAUAGGGUAGUUUUUGAAGAAAGCGGCGACGAGAAGAAAGAAAUUUUGGGAAAUAUAUCCAGCCGUAUAAACAAGGGAGGUGAACCACCCACGGCCACCAUGGAACAGGAAAAGCGGAUCAGAAGGGAGAUCGCCAACAGCAACGAGAGGAGGCGUAUGCAGAGCAUCAACAAUGGCUUUCAGUCCCUUAGGUCGCUCCUACCGCAUCACGAAGGGGAAAAAUUAAGUAAGGCUGCAAUACUCCAGCAAACCGCUGAAUAUAUUUAUUCGUUGGAGCAAGAAAAGACUAGGUUGCUGUCCCAAAACUGUCAGUUGAAGAGGCUGGUGAACCAACACGAGGGCGGCGAGCUGCCCCCUAAGAAGAGAAAGACUGAACUGAUUAUUCCAACAAUUUCCGCGGAAUCGUCCGACGAGGGUUUGGGAUCUAUGUCGCCAGAAUCGGUGGGCCUCAUCACCGUCACGGUCAACAAUCCAGCCGAAUGCCCAUCCGAGCUGAAACGGCAGUUAGAGAGAGAGAGGAACCUAAGAUUGCUACUGGAAGAUCAAGUCCGUCAGCUGGAAACUCAACUUUUCCAGCAGCAACAGCAGCCGACCCAGAUAUUUCACGUGGACGAAGCCGAGGAAAUCGGUUUGCAGUUGGUGACGGCGGACAGCCUUCCGCCGGUGGGCCACACGCAGACGGUCGUUUGUUCCCCGCCGAACUCGCGUAGUUCCAGCCCCAUAACUGUUCUGCCGGAGCAGCAGAGGCUGCCGUCCGUCCUGGAGGCGGCCAUCAAAGCAGAGCCUAAGGUGGAAGUGGAAAGGCUGCCCUCCCCCAACACUUCUCACGAGGAGAGCAGCAGGAUAUACGUGUCCAACACCUCCAGGCAGAACCUCGAGACCAUCGUCGAGGCAAUCAGGCACCUCGAGGGCGAUCACAUGUUCGGCGACGAACCCCAGACCCAAGAAGUACCCCUGGCGUUGACGACACGGAGCUCCGACAACAUCAUCAAGACCGACAUGCAGGCCUACCUGGAGUACAACCCGGCGACCGUACAACAGCACCAGCAGUCACGACCAGGUGUGAUAGUGGUGAAGCAGGCGUCGUGAUCGAAGAUCAUCCACUUUGCCAGCUCCCCGAGCGGCGGACAGGCAAAGCAGGAGUAAAUAAUCGCAUCGGGACGUGUCCGACCCAUAGCAAAUGUUAGACGACGUUGCGCAAUGUUUAUAACACGCAUUAGGCCGGCCUUUUAAUGUGGAUAUGUUGUUGAUUGAUUUUUAUUAUGUUGAUCCCACCUAGUUCUAAAUUAUAAAUUAGACGAGACGAAAGGGCCUCCGCCGAAAAUGGAAGUUAAUGCCAAAUAAAUAAUGUAAGUACCGAUAAAAUUACUGUUUGGGCGAUGAUGGCUUUUUUAAUUUACUCCCGAUGCUUUUUUGUUUGAACCUCGAAACUUUCGGAAAAGUAUAAUUUGUGAAUUUUAGUAAUUUCGUUCUUUUUUGAAUCAGGAAUUUAAAGGAAAACACUUUUUUUUAACCGUUCAUUUUUCGAAUAACUAUUAUGUUGCGAUUUUUCUUUACAUUUUUUUUCCAUUAGGUUUUCGAAAUUGUAGCUGUAAAAUGUAUAUUCUUUUUAAAAAUAUUUAUAGCUUAUUCGUUUAAGAUUAAUUAAAACGUAAAUGCACAGUGAAAAGCAUAUUUUCUAAAAAUAUUCAGGCUUAUUUCUGAAUAAAAAUCAUUCAAAUUUAGGAACAAAACCACUAGAUGGCGACUCUUCCAUAAAAUCCCGCCACUAUUUUUUCAUAAGGUCCGUUCGCUGAUUUUACUAUAAAUUGUGAAAUUUACACUUUUUGUGCUGUUACAAUUUUCUUAGUUUUGGGAAUUAACAAAAAAAAAAUAGUAUUUGGGAAUCAUAACCUCACAAAAUUUAAAUACUGGAAUUUACUCAAACUUGUAAUAUUUACCCUUCGUCUAAUACAGGUGUACAAAUAUUUAGUUCGGGGCACGAUACGAUGACGUCAUUUUCUGCUAGGGAACAAAAAUUCAGUAAAAAGUUAAAAAAAAAACGGAUUUUAUGGAUCACUAUCUAAUAUUUUCAUUCCUUUGUUUGACUGAUGCAACUAUAUUAUAUACAGUGUGACCCAUUUGAAAUGAAAAAAGAACACCCAGUAAAAAAUUUAUUGACCGAUUUAAUUCAGGUAUUUUUUUAAUUCUUUGAAAUUCUCUUCUAUUCAUAUAACACAUUAUUCAUUUUCAUUUAUCAAAGCCUACUUUUUAUUUUAUUUCGGUGUCGAAUGUGACAAAAAUUGAUGAGCGAAUUUUUUAUUUAAACUCAAAUACAAAUAAACGGUUUGAAGAAAAGAAAUUUUAAUUUCCCAAUAUUUUUUUUAAACACUUUCUUCUUCGGGUCGACAUUAUUUGGGGCAUUUGGCACAGACUUCCAUUUCGACCGUUUCUAAUCUGGAGGUUCUGAAGAAUUUCAAAUUUUUUUGUAUAUAAAAUAUUUAUCUCUGUUUACAUUUGCUGAGAGGAAUAACGAUUUGGCAACAUUAAAUAAAUGUCUAGUUCCAAAAGUAUAAAGUAAAAAAAAAGAGUUUACGAAGCAACAAAUCGUUAUUUCUCCUGGACAGUCGAGCGCUUUCGUGGUAUUUAAAAAAUUGUAUUCGUAUUCAAAGUGUUUUUAUUAAUUGCAUGUAUACUUUUUCAAUGAACAUGUUAUAAAAUUUUUGAUUGGUGGAUUGAUACGCAACAAUGGUCGGCUCUCGAUUUUCAAUUUUUUAUUUUAAACAUGACGAUUUUUUUAUUUUUUUUUUUUUGUUACUUAAAAGAGUAAAGUUUCUUUUUUUUGUGAAACGCCAAAAACAUAUAUAAAUAUAUUUAUCAAUAUUAGAAAGUAUAGUGAAUUGUUUGUUCCUUUUUUUUUGUACAUAUUUUUUAGGCCGUCGCGUAGCAGCGACAAAAUCUAGAAGUUAGUUUGUGUUCAGCGCACGAUCUGAAUGCAUGGGAGAACGUUUUAUCAUCUUUAGUUUGUUGUUUUUUCUUUUUUUUUUUUAAUCUACAUACGGUUUAUCUUUGCAUCUUGUACAUAACUUUGAAAAUUUGGUAUACGUACGAUGAAGUUUAAGGAUAUAUUAACGAUUGUUUUCUGUUACGUCCUAGAGAAAUAGUUUUAUGACGGUUCUUUUACGACCAGGACACACAUAGAUCAUAGUAGAACAUAAUAUAUAUACUUUUUUAUUUGGAAACUUUUUUUUAAUCGAGAAAUUAUCGCUAGAAUCACGCCUGGCAGGAAUAUGUUCCUUUCGUCGAAUCGUCUGACUUUAUCGGCGCCACUAAACUUAAAAAAAUAUACCCGCAACAUUUUUAAGAUAUUGCCCAUAAUUAUUUGUUCCUGAAAAUUAAAAAAAAACCUUUAAUUUUCAUUUGUCGUUAUUUCAAUUUUUUUUAAAUAUAAGUAAGAAUUGAUAAAAUCAGAUGAUUAAAGAUAAGGAAACGAUAUGUAACGUAUGGUGGGCUUAGUGGAAAAAUAUUAUAAGCUUUAUUAGACGGUUUAAUAAGAAACACUUUAACAGAUAUAAUGUGAUAAUAGUAACUUUUAUAAUAGACCAGGGCGGAUCUGUCGAAAUAUCCCACUUCUGAUAUGUAAGAGGGGGUAAGCUAAUUUUUGCUGGAAUAU